AUGUCAUUAGAAAAAAAGAUUCGGAAUUUCUUGCAAGGUCCAAGAAAGGGGGAAACUUUUGAAUUAAAGAAUGGAUUGGUUUCCCAAUACAGGGGUGAGCGAAAGGAUGCUAUUCAACGUGUAAUCCAAGCCAUGACAGUUGGUAAAGAUGUUUCAGCAUUAUUUCCUGACGUGUUAAAAAACAUAGCAACAUACGACUUAGAGCAGAAGAAAUUGGUCUAUUUGUACCUUAUGAAUUACGCAAAGACCCACCCUGAGUUAUGUAUAUUAGCUGUGAAUACAUUUGUUCAGGACACGGAAGAUCCAAAUCCCUUAAUCAGAGCAUUAGCUAUACGUACUAUGGGAUGCAUUAGAGUGGCCAAGAUGGUUGAUUAUAUGGAAAUUCCGUUACUGAGGACAUUAAAGGAUGAUAAUCCAUAUGUGAGAAAGACUGCGGCUAUAUGUGUAGCGAAACUCUUUGACUUGAAUUCGGAAAUGUGUAUUGAAUUUGGCUUUUUAAAUGAGUUGACCAAGUUGAUCAAAGAUCCCAAUCCAAUGGUUGUCGCUAAUGCCUUGAAUGCAUUAUUCGAAAUAAAAGAUAUGAAUACCGAUCCAGAUUUAGAAAUCAUCGAAGUUAACAAGGGAAUGGUUAGUAAUUUGUUGAUGUGCUUGAAUGAAUGCACGGAAUGGGGUAGAAUAACUAUAUUAACAACCUUGAAUGAUUAUAAAUCGGAGUCAUCAGAUGAGGCAAAUCAUAUUAUUGAAAGAAUUAUACCACAAUUACAACAUGUCAAUCCUUCAGUCGUAUUAUCCUCGAUCAAGGCGAUUAUCAACCAAUUGGACUCGAUUUCAGUAACUGCUCAAAGGGCUUCGAUUUUGAAAAAGUUGUCUGCUCCUUUGGUAUCAUUAGUUUCGUCCUCAAUCCCUGAAGCGCAAUAUGUUGGUUUGAAAAACAUUAGGAUUAUCUUAGAAAAAUAUCCACAGAUUUUAUCUAAAGAGCUUCGUGUAUUCUUCAUUAAGUAUUCUGACCCAUUAUACUUAAAAUUAGAGAAGUUGGAAAUUAUGGUGAGAUUAGCCAACGAUAGUAACAGUACUUUAUUAUUAGGAGAAUUAAAAGAAUACGCCAUGGAAUUUGAAAGUUCUUUGGUGGCAAAAGCAAUCAGAUCAAUUGGAACAGUUGCAAUUAAGUUGGCAGGCUGUGUUAUCAAAUCUGUUAACUUGAUAUGUAACUUGAUUGACCAAAGAGGAGGAGAACUAAUUAUCAAUGAAUCAAUUAUUGUUUUGACAAAUAUCUUGAGACGUUAUCCAGGUAAAAAUGAUUUGAUUACCUUAAUUGUUCCAAUCAUUUCAAAUCACACAUCAGAAUUAAACAAGAGCGAAGCGUUAUCGGGGUACAUCUGGUUAUUAGGUGAAUAUCCAAAAUAUUUUUCACAAUUGAAACAAAAUUUACUGGAUUUAAUCGAGGGGUUUUUAGACUAUGAAUCUUUGUUACAACUAAAUAUUUUGACGACGAUUGUUAAAAUUAACUUGUCAAUUGAAAACCAGACGUAUUCUAAUUAUUUGCAAAAGGUUUUAGAAAUGGCUACUAAAGACUGUGAGAAUGCAGAUGUUCGUGACAAAGCAUACUUAUACUGGCGUUUGUUGUCAUCUUCAUCAAAGGAAUCUCAAAAACAGAUCGUUUUAACUAAAUUACCACCAAUUAAAACUACUAUUGCCUCAUUCAACCCAGUUGUCUUAGAGGCUUUGGUGAAGGAAUUAUCCACUCUAGCAUCGGUGUAUCACAAACCUUCAUUUACUUUUAUUGAUCCUAACUUGUAUACACCUUUAACUACUGACCCAGCAUCAAGCAGAAGAUCUAAAUCGCUGAAUAAAGGUGAAAAUAUUGAAGAUUUGACUAAUUUAGCGAAGCAAGAAAUUAUCAAUAAUUCUAAGAAUGAAAACUUACUUGAUUUUGAUGAUGAUGAUACUGAUGUUAAACCUGAUAACAGUUCUAGUAAUGGCUCCUCGUCAUUACUUGAUGAACUAAAUGAUUUGUUUUCAGCGCCUGCUAUGCCUUCGCAAACACAAUCCUCACAGCCAAUACAUUCUUCAACAAAUGAUAUACUAGACCUAUUCAAGACGCCAGCGCCACAAGGCACUCAACAAAAUCAAAACUUGGCACAGGGAAUUGAUAAUUUAAGUAUCAAUAAUAAUUCUUCGUCAUCUAGUAAUCAAAAUAAGGUAAACAAUGAUCUUUUAGAUCUCUUUUAA